AUCACAGAAGGAAAGCGUGGGGUGGCCGCGAGACCUGUGCGGGUUAGCCGUGGCGCUCGACCACAUACGCCUGCGGGGGAAGCCACUGGUCAGCAGGUCGACGUCUUCCCAGAGAUGGCACCAGCUAGGCGGGCCACUACUCCUGAUAGCCAGCAACUGCGUGUUCCAAAUAGAGCACGGGCGCAACAUGUGGUCGUGUCAGAUUCUGAUGAGGAUUCGAGUGCUCGGGAGGACCCGAAUCUUUGGUGGGGCCUCGAUAAUAGCGGGGUGGCGAACCUCUCCCCUCAUAUCCAGGACGAGGACCUUGCCGUUGCCUACAGCCUGAUCGGUGCCAAUUGUUCAUUGAGAACUCCGGAGGCUACUGAGGUACUGAGUGAUCCCCCAGUCCAUUACUUCGGGGUCCAUAUUCGCUCUCUGGAGUUAGGGAUGGCCGUGCCUCUGCAUCCUUUUCUGGUUCGGUUCCUUCUCUUCUUAGGUGUGGCCCCGGGCCAACUGGCUCCGGCGGCUCAUAUGUUCGUUGCAGCUUUUGUAGCGCGAUGUGAGGAUGUGGGCCUCACCCCCACAAUCAGUUUGUUUUUUAGCUGCUUCCAGUGGCGCGCCUCCAGCUUUUUUGCCUCAGUUUCCCAGAGGCCGGUGAGCAAGCUAUUCCGGCCGGGUUACCCUGACUCAGGUAGCCGAUGGAAGAAGAGGUGGAUCUGGGUGUCCGACCCCACCCUUCUGUCACCUCCAUUUCAGUGGGGUGAGCGGCUCCGGAAGUGUGAUCGGGUCGCCCUCUCCCCUGACCUCAAGUCAUCCAUCGAGAUGUUGUCCGCAGGCGGUCCCCGCUCCAUCAGCUCAUACUUAGGUGUGCCUGAUAGGCCUGAGAAACCUAUCGUCGGUGCCGAAUCUGAUGACGAUGACGAAGAGGCCCAGCCAUUCAUCGCUCGUGCAAUUCCCACAGCCACCAAGGAAAAAGAGCGUGGAGCUCCCCCAAACCGUGUAGCACAGAUUCCGAGGAGGGUGAGGGUUACCUUUGGGCCUCAGCCUGUCGCACCAGCGAAGAAGAAGCAGAAGAGGGAUAUUGUCGACUUACUGGUCGAAUUGGAUGAGUCUGAUGACGAGGAGGUGGAGCCUCAUGUAGCCGU